GCGAGGCAAAGAGAAACACGCCGCUUGGUUAGGAGUUGGUUAACAGGGGAGCUGUCGGUUCGACCUCGGGAUCCGGAUAUUCCGAUACAGAGCGGAGCGUGAGACGAAGCUGGAGAGCGAUUGGCGGCCAGAUCGGACGGCUGCGCCGCCACUGAGGUGUUCGCCGGAAGUUGUUUUCGCCGGAGGCACCUCCGCAAAGGACUUUAUUAAAGAACGUGGGGAUCUUGUUCCAUUCCGAUCUUUUGUCUCUUCGUAUCGAGUUUUGAGCUAGAAUCCUUAUUUGACAAGGAUGGCCGAAAUUAAAUCUUCAUCGAGGAGAUGGGAAGACAUGGAAACUGAUGUCCUAGUCAAGAUAUUCAAGGAGUUAAACAUGAUUGAACUGGCUCCAGUUGCUCAAGUCUGCCAUGCAUGGCGCUCUGCUUGUUCGGAUCCUCUACUUUGGAACACCCUUGAUCUAGGUCUGCUGAAAUCCAACUUCAUACAGACAAGAGCUUCACCGUACAUUUGGGUGGAUGACAGAUCUGAUAGGAAGUUGAUGAAAGCCUUGAGGAUUGCAAUGUCUCUUAGUAGAGGAGCUGUGACGUGCUUAAUAUUCCAUUUCAAUCUAUACAUGCGGGAUGAACAUCUCAGUUACGUUGCGGAAAGUUGCCCUCAUCUGAGGAGACUUGUUAUGCCUGCGUGGAAUCGCAUCACAAAAAAUGGAAUAUGCCAUGCUGUUCGAAUAUGGGAAGAACUGGAAUCUCUAACAAUGCCCAGCAUUGCACAUCCAUCAUACAUAAUGGAGGAAAUAAGCAGGAGCUGCAAAAACUUUUCACAGUUGAAGGUCAUGGGCACUUUUGAUGUCAACUUCGCUUUUGCCAUUGCCACCAACCUUCCGAAUCUCCGAGUCUUAAGCGUCCGCUGCUCCAUAUUAACCAAGGAAGCACUUUUGUUCAUCUUGGACUGCAUGGAUCAUCUUGAGGUCCUGAACAUGUCUCACUGCUUGUUACUGGAGAAUCUUACUCCAACUGGAAAGAAGAAGGUUUUUAAAGAGUUAGAUGGAAAUAUACGAGACAAGACUGCCAGAUUGCGUGAGUUUUUUCACUGCCAAAGUAGCUCUUGUAUUGCUUGUGACAGAAUAAGCAGAGAUGAAGGCCUCAUGAGAUGGUACAAGUACGAGGACUGGUUUUGGCGAGAGGAUGAAAUUUCUUCUCUUGCUUUAGGAAAUUAUGGUAAGUUGUUUGAUGAGAGUUGUCUUGAUCUAGGCUUUCGCAAUUAGCUUUAUGUUAUAUAUUAUUAACAUGUGGUUGUUGCAGAAUAAUGAGCAAGCCAAGUACCGGGAGAAAAGGCUUGAGUUUAUAUAAUCAUGUGUUGUAAUGUUAAAACUUGGUAGUUAGUCGCCAAGGAGGUAUGCAUUUUACCUUACAAUUAUAUCAUACUUUUUUCCUUGUUUGGUCA